GGCUCUAUGGGGAAAGCGGCCGCUCCGAGCCGAGGCGGCGGCUGCAGCGGCCGCUCCCGCGGGCUCUCGUCGCUGUUCACGGUCGUCCCCUGCCUGUCCUGCCACACGGCGGCGCAGAGCAUGAGCGCUUCCACGCCCGGCUCCCGGCCGGAACCUAAGCCUCAGCCUCAGCCGGUGUCAGCGUCCGAACCGCUGGCAGAACAGGUGUCGGAGCCAGUUUCCGAGCUCGCGGCCAGGUCCGAACCGGUGGCGGAGCCGGAGCCCCGGCAGGGAGCGGGCCUGGCGCUGAGGCUGGGAUCCGGGGCAGCGCCCGCGCCGGGCUUGGCCCCACCUGCAGGGGUCGGGUCCUUCACUCACACGGUCUCGGAGCCGCAGGAGCCCUUGCCCUUGACCAAACUCGGAUCGGGGCCGCUGCCGCCUCUAAAGUCCCAGCAGACUCCUCGACAGUCAAGGGCAGCGUCGUCGGCGGGAGCGUUUUCAGCGAUUAGUACCCGCAACUCCAGCGGCGGGACAGCCUUACUGCCCCUGGACAGCUUCAAGGGCUGGCUGCUCAAGUGGACUAACUACCUGAAGGGCUAUCAGCGCCGCUGGUUCGUGCUCAGCAAUGGCCUCCUCUCUUACUACAGAAAUCAGGGGGAGAUGGCCCACACCUGCCGGGGCACCAUCAACCUGUCCACGGCACACAUUGACACAGAGGACUCUUGCAACAUCCUGCUGACCAGUGGAGCAAGGACCUACCACCUCAAGGCCGGCUCGGAGGUGGAACGGCAGCAGUGGGUCACUGCCCUGGAGCUGGCCAAGGCCAAGGCUGUCCGCAUGAUGAGCACCCAUUCAGAUGAUUCAGGGGACGACGACGACGAAAGUGCCUCCCCGUCUGACAAGACCGAGCUCCCCAACACCAUCAAGAACCUCUCCUUGAAGUUAGACGACCUGAGCACCUGCAAUGACCUGCUGGCCAAGCAUGGCGCUGCCCUCCAGCGCUCGCUGAACGAGCUGGACGGCCUCAAGAUCCCUCCGGAGAGCAGCGAGAAGCUCAAGGUGGUGAACGAGCGCGCCACGCUUUUCCGCAUCACGUCAAAUGCUAUGAUCAAUGCUUGCAGGGACUUCCUGGAACUAGCCGAGUCUCACAGCCGGAAAUGGCAGCGAGCACUGCAGUAUGAACACGAGCAGCGCAUCCACCUGGAGGAGACCAUCGAGCAGCUAGCCAGACAGCACAACAGCCUCGAGCGGGCCUUCCGCAGCGCCCCCGGACGGCCCACCAACCCCUCCAAGAGCCUCAGCGAGGGAAGCCUCUUGACUCCCAAAGGAGAGGACAGUGAGGAAGAUGAAGAUACUGAGUAUUUUGACGCCAUGGAAGACGCCACAUCCUUCAUCACCGUAAUUGCCGAGUCCAAGGAGGACAGCCGGAAAGCUGAGGGCAUGACGGGGGCAGUCUCCUCAGAUGACUGGACCACUGCAGACAAUGUGCUAGAUGGUGCCUCACCAGAGCCCAAGGGUCCCCCCAAGGUCAAGAGGAGAUCCCGCAUCCCCGACAAACCCAACUACAGCCUUAACCUCUGGAGCAUCAUGAAGAACUGCAUCGGCCGGGAGCUCUCCAAGAUCCCCAUGCCGGUUAACUUUAACGAGCCCCUGUCCAUGCUCCAGCGACUGACUGAGGACCUGGAAUACCACCACCUGCUGGACAAGGCAGUCAACUGCACCAACUCCGUGGAGCAGAUGUGCCUGGUGGCUGCCUUCUCCGUGUCUUCCUACUCCACCACCGUCCACCGCAUCGCCAAGCCCUUCAACCCCAUGCUGGGCGAGACAUUCGAGCUGGACCGCCUGGACGAAAUGGGCCUGCGUUCCCUGUGUGAGCAGGUGAGUCACCACCCACCCUCGGCCGCACACUACGUCUUCUCCAAGAACGGCUGGAGUCUGUGGCAGGAGAUCACCAUCUCCAGCAAGUUCCGGGGGAAAUACCUCUCCAUCAUGCCCUUAGGUGCCAUCCACUUAGAGUUCCAGGCCAGCGGGAAUCACUACGUGUGGAGAAAGAGCACCUCAACCGUGCAUAAUAUCAUCGUGGGCAAGCUCUGGAUUGACCAGACCGGGGACAUUGAGAUUGUGAACCACAAGACCAAGGACCGCUGCCAGCUGAAGUUCCUGCCCUACAGCUACUUUUCCAAAGAGGCUGCCCGGAAGGUGACCGGCGUGGUGAGCGACAACCAUGGUAAGGCCCACUACGUGCUGUCCGGCUCAUGGGACGAGCAGAUGGAAUGUGCCAAGGUCGUGCACAGCAGCUCUAGCAGCCCCAGCUUAGACGGCAAACAGAAGACAGUGUACCAGACCCUGCCCUCCAAGGUGCUGUGGAAGAAGUACCCACUCCCGGAGAAUGCGGAGAACAUGUAUUACUUCUCUGAGCUGGCGUUGACCUUGAACGAGCACGAGGAAGGCGUGGCGCCCACCGACAGCCGCCUGCGGCCGGACCAGCGGCUUAUGGAGAAGGGACGCUGGGACGAGGCCAACACCGAGAAGCAGCGGCUGGAGGAGAAGCAGCGACUGACAAGGCGCCGCAGGCUGGAGGCCAGCGCGCGAGGCGCUGAGGAGGAGAAGGAGGCGGAAGUGCACACGCCACUGUGGUUUGAGAAGAGGCUGGACCCGCUGACCGGGGAGACGGCCUGCAUGUACAAGGGCGGCUACUGGGAGGCCAAGGAGAGGCAGGACUGGCACAUGUGCCCCAACAUCUUCUGA